UCCAUAACAUUAUUUUUCAUCGAAUGACGUUGGUAUUCUCUACAAGCGUUCAACUGAUGGUUAGUGUAUGAUUUGGUCGCCUAAGCGACAGUGUCAUUGGUGCUAUUUGUACGGAGGAGAGAUAUGUCGUGUGGCCCUAUCAAUGAUGACUCGGUGUUUGAUAAAUAUCAGGAGGUUUUCAGUAGUUUGGACUAUAGUGGGAUUGUAUUUGCAACUAUAUGAAGUUGAUGGUCUAACCUGUGUUCAAUGCAGCACUAUGGUACAGAUGGGGAGACAGGCUUGCCUUUCCGGAAAUGUUUCUCCAACGAACUGCACAGCCGUAAACCAGACUUCCUGUAUUAAGUACGAAGGAGUCCUUAAUGGAAUGAAGUUCGUUUUUCGUGAUUGCGACCGUGGGGACUCUGCAAAUCUUUGCGAUGAGCGGGAAAUCGCAGACGAGAAGGUGAGCACCUGCUCGUACAGAUGUUUCCAUGAUGGCUGUAACGGUGCCACAAUCUCCAUAAACCAUCCAUUCGUCGGUAUAGUAUCCUUCACCAGCACUUUCCUGUGGACACUGGUGUAUCUGUACUGAGGUGAGGAUCGGUCUUAAUCUUGUUCAGGGACGCCAUGCAUGAUUGAUGUGAAGGAUUUCGAUAAAAACCAUCCCAGCAGACAGCCGUUAAAUUACAAUCAACUCGAUGUCUCAAAGUUUUGGGGAAAAUUUAGGUCAAACACUUCAUGACACGGACUGGUUAUGUUUGUCUAGAAACACGGACCGGUAAACAUGAUGAGGGAGUCGAAUGUUUUAUUCCUUAUAUGAAUUUGCUCAUUUAUUAUAUUAAAUGUAUUUUGAUGUGUAUGUAACAAUUAUUGUGAUUUCAUAAAGUACUUCAAUUUUAUUUUAACUAUCAAUGUGUUUAACGUAAGAAACAGACCAUAGGCAAAUGUAUUGACACUAAGCCAAACGU